AUGAUAGGCUAUAAGCUAGCAAAUGAGCCCUGCUGUACUUGCCGUGAUGGUCAGCCCCUCAUAUGGAAGUGCAGGGCGAGCUUUUACUCGGGGGUGUGCAGGCCGGAGGCUCGCAGGCAGGACAGAGAACUCCGCAGGAGCGCGAAAUCUUAUGAAGAACUGCUGCACAUUAUGCAAAAGUAUUUAGGAAUAAGGUCCAAUAAAAGAAGAGUGGAACGAGAAGUGGGGAAAGAAAAGCCCAGCCUCUGCGUGUCGGUAGAGGCGCCUACCCGAAGCCGUCCAUCUCGAGAUCUGAAAGGCGCAGCAAAACGGCCUCCUCAUUCGCCAUGUCCGUGUUUUAAAUCUCACACCUUAAGGAGCCCUCAUGGACCUGACAACGCAUGUCCUAGCGCCAUGCAUGCAGGUUCAGAGAAUGCUGUAGGCCACCCAGGCAGUAGAGUUCCUCCCGACGGGGAAGAGACCUUAGGGGGCUCUCCUGAGGGCUGCGGGAAUGUCGAGGCGCUUGUUAGGGAGUUAUGGCGGUGGAACGAGCAGGGACAGCAGGAAACUGCUGCAGCAGCAGCAUUUGCCAGAGCAGCGGAUGCUGUGCCGCAGCUGAAAGAGAAACUGCGAGGAAGGAAGGCAAGGACGUCGGGGCUGAUGCUACAGAGACGCCGCUUGAAGGAUGUAACGCUUGGGCAAGGGAGCGCAGGCACAGUAGCAGCACCUGGAACGGCUGCAUCGGAUACAGGGGCGUCGGCCGAAAGAGCAACCGCAACAGCACCACCAGCCACACCAGGUUCAUCACGUCCAGCAGCCGGUGUAUCAGCGACGGAACCUGCCACAAUCAUGGCGGGUGUCAAAGAGUCCCAGAGCAUCAGCAACGACAGCGUGCUGAUUGAUGUAUCUCUUCAGAAUAGGGAAGCAGAGGAUAUGCUGUUUGCCUCAUGUCCUGCACUUAGGCCGCUUCUGCGGAGGGGGAUCUCACUCCUAGAGCUCCCACUGGCAUCCCAGCAACAACAGCAACAACAGCACCGCUUUAUUCUGCUGCGGCGGGGGCUUCCCAAGUUUUUUGACUUAGAGCUGGACUUACUGGCCAUCUUCAUGUUGCAGCUGCAGGAGCAGCAAAAGCAACAGCAUCAGAACCGACCAAGGCAAAAGAAGCUGGAACUGAGUGCCUCAGCAAUCAAAGCGACUCUUGAUGCAGCUGCAGCACAGAAGCUAGGAACCAACGUGUUGGCUUCGCACCAGUUGGCAGAAUCCCUUAUGAGUUACUGUCCGCCUCCCAGCAGCAACGACAAUGGCAAGGAGGAAAUUUUUAGUGUAUGGGCAUUGGAAAAGCUGAAUGGCGAAGCCGCGCAGAUCUCCUUCUGUAAGGAGCUCGGCGCCUGGGUCUGUUGCAGCAAAAACGUCUCUCUUCUCCUCCCAGUUGCUGUUGCUACUGCUGCUGCUACUCCCGUUCUUGAUACUGCUAAGGCCACCCGUGCCUACGAUGCAGAGGAAGCCGAGACUACAGCGCGGGGGAAAAUCGCACACUCAGAGCAACGGAACAAGCAGCAGCUGCAGGAAGCAGUUAGUUUGCUCCGGCUGGUCGGGGCAGAACGCGUUGUCUCCCCAAGUUUUGAUGCCGACCCCCCUCCAGCUCCCCGGAGGGAAACAUACGCGCUGAGGGUUGCUGCAGCUUGGAACAGGCAGCUUCAGCAACUGAAAGAACAUCAGGUGAAGGAGCUCCAGCAGCUGCUGCAGGAGCACACCCUCGUUGGGGAGUUGGUAGGCUGCGCUGAAAAACAGCACAUUGUGGCAGCACCCACACAACAACAGCAGCAAAAAGCGGAAGAGGAGGGCCGUCUUGUAUUUUUUUCGCUAGUGCCGCACACAUUGCAUGGCCCCCCUGAAGGGCCCCGGGGGGCCCCCUGGGGGCCUUUGUGUCUGAGCCCUGAGGUAUCUCUCCCGCUUCUGCAGUCUCUCGGUGUGCAGACCGCGUCAGUUGUGCAGUUGUUGCGGGCAUCCUCUCCGCUUGAGCUACUGCUGCCGCUGUGGAGGUUGGAGCGGCAGGAGGCAGAGAGGUACCGUUGUGACAGCGAAGGAUUGGUGCUCUACUUCUGUUGUAACACAGGGCAGAACAGCAGCAACGGCAACAGCAGGCAUCAUGGAGUUCCUACUGUAUUUGCUUUUGCCAAGCUGAAAUCUGGGCCCUACCGGUUUCGGCGGAAGCUGAGAGAAAGACUCAAGGCCCUCUUCCACCGCUGCAGCUUCUGGCAAGCCGUAUCCGCAGCAGCAGUAGCAACAGCAGCAGCAACCGACACUGCGCGCGCGGGGGAUUGGACCUCUAGCGGCAUCGCUGCUACUAUUAAACAGGCAUUUGCGUCUGCUCGCGCUGCACCCACUGCCACCUUAGCGUCCAUGGAGGAGCUGGGAUCCGCACACCCAGCAGCAACAGGAGAAACAACUGCAGGCGCAGCAGCAGAAGCCGCCCUUCGUGUCCAGGUCUCCUCUGCAGUUGGCGUAUACUGGAGCCGCUUUUUGGAAGAUGCGGCUUGCCAGUUUGGCAAGGCUUUGCAGCAAGUGGCGCCACGUGGUUUUCCUGAGGCUCUCUUGGCGAAAGUCGUGACCCUCCAGGAAGAGCAGCAGCAGAAGGAGCAGAAGGAGCAAGUGGCGGGCCUUUCUGACCGCUUGACUCAAGAAGAGAUAGCAAAAUUCAGAUGUGCAGCAGCAUUUUGUUGUUCCCUUGCCUCUGCGGUGUUGCUGGCACUUAAUUGCUGUCCAGACCCCCAACAAGUUUUUUUGGAGUGGCAGCAGCAGCAAGGGCAGCGAAAGGACCAGCUAGCGUGCACAGGCAGGAACGGCACAAGCUCCUUAUUCUGGGCUCUUGUACACGCACCGAGUACAUCAAGAUCUUCCACGCACCUGGGGGGCCCUCUUGAGCGUUUCUUGGUUUGCUAUGCAGACUUGAGGCCGCUGGACCUGCUAGCAGACUGUGAAGCGUUUGCUGCUGCCACAGGCGCGCCCCUAUGCUGGACAGCUCCCCCGCAGGCACUUCUGCAGCAACUCCAGCAGCAGCAGGGCACGGCCAGCAGUGGCACUAUUCAGCCCCUAGAUGUGCAUAAGCAGCACCAAGAGCAGCUGCAUGGGCAGCAGCAGCAUUCUCAGGGCAUAGUUUGCCUGGUGACUCCCCCGCUCCUCCUGACUGCCGCUGAGUACGAAGCACUGCGGGAGGUCUGCCUCUCACGUGGCUGCCGUUUGCUUCUGAAGCACAGUGUGUGUUUUUCUGACUGCUCCUACUGCCCGAGAUCGCUGAAAAAGCAAAAGAAAACAGGAAGCGCAUCCACAAAGGAAGGGGCGACACGUCACCCCCAUGCCGCUCUCGUAGCUCUUUGGGGCCUUGACAGUGCAGGCAAUGAGCUCGCCAGAGAAAGGCUCCGUCUGCUUCUGCAGCCGCAGUGGCAGCAAGAGGCACAGCAGGGCGAGUGGGACGGUGUGGCGUUUGUUGACGAUGAGGGCGAGGUGCAGCAACUGCAGUCUGCUGGAGGAAUAGGGACUCUCUCAGAGGGCAGCUGCUUCUUGCGUCCAGAGCGCUGCUUGGUAGCUUCUGCAAGGGUAGCAAAAACCCUUUUGUCCGCUCCAGACUUGGCUGUGGCGGAUGCUGCCCUCUCCUUGCUAUUGAGUAGCUGUAACAAGAGCCUACCUAAAGGGGUCUCCAGCAAAUCUGGGGAGCCACAUGAUUCCGAGGAAUCUCCGCAGACUACCUACGAAAAGGCUCCCAUGGUGCCCAUUUUGCGAUUGCCUGCUAUUAAGAAAAUGCGAGGCCCCUUGAGCGCAUCGCGGACAGAGCAGUGGAAGCUCUCUCUUCAGCAGUUUAUCGCUGCCGUUGAUACACUACUGGUCGGACCUCCCCAGAGCAGCAGUGGCCAAGGAAGGGUCGAGGGGGCCUCAGAUAGUUGUGUAUGGUCGUGCAGGGAGACUCAAGGGGUCCGUGCCUCUGUGGUUGCACUGCUGCCUGUGGGUCUCCCAGGCAGCGGGAAGACAACGGUGUUGUUGGAGGCCCUGAGGCCGGCCCUUCGCGAGGAGCUGAUUUCUGGAAACACCUCUUCAAUCGACGGGGUUACGGGUCUUUUCAUAUGGGAGGGCAGGACGAAGCCUACAGCGGAGGCAGCAGCAACGGCAGCAACGAAGUCUCCAGUGGACAUAGUCUGCCUUCUCAGUUCUGACGAAGCAACCGGAGAGAUACUGCGUUCGUGGGGCUGGGAGUCCCCCACAGGUGCACUGCACCAGGUCUGCCUUGAGGAGGCAGCAGCGGCGGGCCCAACCGCAGCGGCACGCAUGGCGGCCCCGUGUUGUCCAAUGAAUGCCCACGGAGGCCUGCAUGAAGGGCCGCCCGAUGGCAAGACAAUGAAAGCAGCUAUCGCCGAAGGCAAAAAUGUCUUGGGAAAGGCUCAGACCAGUUUCUUUCGUGCACUUAGAGAGGUUCUUACAAACCGGUCUUGCCAUGAACAACAGCAGCAGCGCCCCCUUCGUGUAUUACUAGUAAUUGACAGAAACCAUCCACCGAAUGCAGUUGAACCUCGCUUCUCCGAUCUUCAGCAGCUGCUACGGGCUCUCCAGGUAGACGUUUUAUGCCGUUCGCGUGCCAUUGUCAAUGUUGCAACUGCCGCGUUACUGCUGCCACCAGAUGCAGCACCAGACGGCUCUUCUGUGCUGGGAACUGUACCCCACGGAGGGUGUCAGCAGAGCUUUAUUUCUUGGCGCUACCCCUGGUCCGUGGACGUCGUGCUCAGGUGUCUGUAUAGGGUAUUGACCCGUGGAGAGCACGCCACCCUCACGGGGUCGACUGCAGGACCCCACGCGGCCCCGAGAGAGGGUAGGGAGGCCCAGGACAUUAAGGCCCUGCAUAUCUGCUUGUCGUUUGUCUCCUGCUUUGGCGGGUUUGUGCAGCUCAAGGAAUUCCUGCAGAGUCACACGGCGGUCGACCACGUGCUCCUGCUGCAGACGGUGCUGCCUCAGCCCCAUUUGAUGCAGCAGGAGCAUCAGCUGCAGCAGGCGCGCCAGCAACAGCAGCAGCUGCUGCUGUCUGCUCUCUCCUCUCUCAAACCCUUUAGCCACCCCAUCACAAAUAGCAGCGUCUAUGAGGCACUCGCUGUCAGUCUUAGACAAUUCCCCCCGGAGCAGUCCAUCGUUGGGGACGCCCAGGGCGCUCACCGUACGGCUAUUACCCGCACAGCUGCUGUACUGCUGCAGCAGCUUGAUGAUCUCUUUUUUUCAAUGGAGAGCGUGGUGCAGCAGAACCAGAGCACUCAACAGGAUCAGCUGCAGCAAAAGCAGUAUAUCCGGUUGGAGAGCUCUGGCUGCGGAGAUUUGCCGCAGCCCCGCGGAGACAUCUGCCUCCCGACACCGGAAGGAGGCCACUGGGGUCCCUCUAAUACUCAACUGAGGUUGCGGUUGCCCACAUUCUACAGCCUUCAUCUGGGCGAGGAUAAAGAGACCCUUUCUUCCCUCACUGAACAGCUCUGUGCUGUUGUUCAGAACUCACCAGGAGACCCUAGUGGCGCCUCUAGGGACCUCAGCUUCCGCAACGUGUGCGCUACAUUAACACCUGUGGAAAGGCCUCAUGUUACAACGUUUUUUUUGGGAGGGGGAGUCUUAAGAGUAACGCGAGGCGAGAUUUCUGCGGCGAACAAAUGGCUUGAUCGCUUCCUGGGACCUUCCUUGCAGGCUUCCCCUCUGCAGUGUUUCGGCGGCAAGAGGUCUCCUAUCACUGAGAAAGGGGGUCCUGCAGGGGCUGGCUUUUCCUCUAUGGAUCCUCGUAUUCUCCGAUUGGAGCAGCUGUUAGCCUCAAGGAGACAAACUGGCCUCUCAUUCAAAUUGAGGGUCUCCCAUCUUGUAUUUGCAGAUUUCGGGUUGGCGUGCGGGGCCCUCGUGCCUCUGUGCCCAGUCGUCCCCUUAGCAGAUCCUCCUGCUAACAUCAUACGAGGGGAUCUCCAAGGAGUGGUUCAGGACCAUAUCUUCAAAGCUCACCAGUUCGCCUGGGGUCUCGAGGAUUCUGUACAAGAAAUUGAGGCAGGCGAGGGCAGAUGUGGGCUAGCAUGUGGUGUUUGCGGGCCCCACGAAGUGAGAGAUCCCAUUGAGGGUCUUUCUUCGUCUUCAAAGGUGACUCCUUUUUGCAUAGCUGCAUAUCAUUACGCACACGUGACCCUCGCCCUCGGGGGAACUGCAACUGCAGUGAUGUCCAAUGAUGUCCUAGAAGCAGCAGACAAGGCCAUCUCAAAGGGGAUGAGGGACGGGAAGCUGAGGAUCGACACCGUUAGACCCUUCCGGUCGGGUGCUCCAUGCAACACUGAAGAGAGCCCGGAGGUUUCACCCGAGAGCUCUCCUCUAGACGAGGCAUACGACUGCGUUGAAUGUUAUCCCGUGAGCGGCGGAUCCGAUCCCCAAGAGCUCAUUAUAUUUACAGGAGCCCCUGUUCGAGGCACGUCCACACGGCUGUGGGUCUGGACUCUGCCACCGGAGGUGCAGGAGGAGUUGGAGGGUUCCGUAGGAGCCAGCUGA